GAGCGGGAGGAGAGGGGGAGCCAUUUGCCCGCAGUCCUCCGCGCUGGUUGAGUCGCAGCUUCUCCAGAGGAAGGAAGGAAGGAGAGGAGAGGAAGACUUCCACCCCGCUCCCCCCCCCCUGCGCCCCGCUUCCAGCCUGGAGGGGCCUGGGAGCCUGCCUGCCUGCCAUCCCUUCUGCGCCUCCCGCCUGAGCCACGCAGUGCAUGAGGUCUGGUGCUGCCUGCAGAGUGACUGAAGAUUUGGCAAUAAACAACAAGAGCCGCAAACCAUGUCAGGCUCUUAUGAUGAGUCUACAGCAUCUGCUGAAGAAAUAACUGACAGCUUCUGGGAGGUGGGAAACUACAAACGGACGGUGAAACGGAUUGAUGAUGGGUAUCGUCUGUGCAAUGACUUGAUGAACUGUGUCCAUGAACGGGCCAAGAUUGAGAAAGCAUAUUCCCAGCAGCUGGUAGAUUGGUCCAAACGGUGGAGGCAACUAAUAGAGAAAGGGCCACAAUAUGGCAGUUUGGAGAAAGCGUGGAUGGCCAUAAUGACAGAAGCAGACAAGGUGAGCGAACUGCAUCAGGAAGUGAAGAACAGCUUGCUGAAUGAUGACUUCGAGAAGGUGAAGAACUGGCAGAAGGAUGCCUUCCACAAACAGAUCAUGGGAGGCUUCAAGGAGGCCAAGGAAGCAGAGGAUGGCUUUCGGAAAGCACAGAAACCCUGGGCCAAGAAGAUGAAGGAGCUGGAAACAGCCAAGAAAUCAUAUCACUUGGCAUGCAAAGAAGAGAAGCUUGCUAUGACCCGAGAAGCCAACAGCAAAGCUGAACAGUCCAUCACCCCAGACCAGCAGAAGAAACUGCAAGACAAGGUGGAACGGUGCAAGCAGGAUGUACAAAAGACCCAAGAAAAGUACGAGAAGGUGGUGGAAGAGCUGAGUAAGUGUACUCCACAGUACAUGGAGAGCAUGGAGCAGGUCUUUGAGCAGUGCCAGCAAUUUGAAGAGAAAAGGCUCAACUUCAUGAAAGAGAUGCUUUUAGAUAUCAAGAGACACCUGAACUUGGCAGAGAACAGCAGCUAUUCUAAAGUCUACCGUGAGCUGGAACAGACCAUUCGCAUGGCUGAUGCACAGGAAGACCUUCGGUGGUUCCGCAACACUAGCGGCCCAGGGAUGCCAAUGAACUGGCCUCAGGUAGAGGAAUGGAAUCCUGAUGCAACCCAAGCAGUGGCAAAGAAAGAGAAACCUAAGAAGAAUGAAGGAGGCAACACAUCCAGUGUUGGUUCAGGUGGAGAGGCAGCAGCCCAAUCUGGUGACCGUGGCAGUGUGAGCAGCUAUGACCGUAACCAAGCCUACGCUGCAGAGUGGUCAGACGAUGAGGGCGGCAACACCUACAACUCCAACGAAGCCAAUGGCGGUGCCAACUCCUUUGAGGAAGAGCCAGCUGCAAAAGGUGUGCGUGUACGAGCUCUGUAUGAUUACGAUGGACAGGAACAAGAUGAACUGAGUUUCAAAGCAGGUGAUGAAUUAACCAAAUUGGGAGAAGAAGAUGAACAAGGGUGGUGCAGAGGUCGUCUAGACAAUGGGCAACUUGGUCUUUAUCCAGCUAAUUACGUGGAGUCUAUCUAGUUCUGUCAUGCUCUCAUCACUGCUGUCAGAAAACAACAAACCAACCCUCUGUCAACUCCCAUUACUAUUUGCCAGCCAAGUAGCCAUCUUGCCGUCCAGUCACUCAGCACAGUUAGAGAUCUAAACAUAUUUUCCAACCAAUCUUAUUUUUUUAAUAGCCAUCUCUGAAGAGUAUUUUGUGGUCGCGUUAAUCUUUUUUUGAGAUAAUGAAAAAUGAAAGGUCGACAUUGUCUGUUGAGGGCUUGUUUUGUAAGUGAAAGCCAAUACCUCAAGCCUUUAAAGCCUAACCAACAAGACUUCUGAUUGGUUGGUUUUUAAGGAUAAUGUAUUGAUGAGCCACCUUCCAAUUGGCUUGAACUAUUUGAAACUUCCGGCACUUUAGCUACUGGGGCCAAUCCAAAUCACUCUCUUUGAAAAGAUGGAAGCAAACACCCACUUGAUUUGUUAUUCCACUCCACCUGAUCUGGAUUUUAUUUAUUAUCUUGUCUCAUUUUGAAAAGAAAAACAGAUAUAUCCUUUGCCUUCUCAAUGAUGAUCUAGUCAGUAUUCUUAUGCUGUAAUAUUCUAUCAUCCAAGUAAUCUCCCAGAGUCAUUGUAUUAAUUGGAGUAUUGUAUGUGUAUGAUAUGAAUUAAAGGCUUCACUCCAGAGAGCCAUGGCACACUAUUUUCCCCAUCAGAUUGAAGAAUAAUGUGGCAUUUAAUUUUACUGACUUGAACAGGACAAGGUUCUGAGCUUAUGAUGGAGACCCUAUGCAAACGAUCAAAGUGUACCUCACCAGUUCAUUUCUCCCAGCUUGUCUUGAGGAAUUGGACUGCAUCACUGGAUGCCUGAUCAAAUGACAGUGGAGCAGAUGUAUCCCUUCAAUACCUCUGCAUAACACAAUUUUCUCUGCUGUUUCCAGUCUAAGAGAUAGCACUGAGGCAGGAGAGCAAUGAGAUGCAAAUCUACGAAAGCUAAUGGCUGUCUACGCAUUCAGACUGACUACCAACCUUUGAUAGAGAAGUGUGUUUGUUUUGUUAUGGUCUCCAGAGGUUUGCUUCUUCAAAACAAGAUGACUGUGAAGUUGCUGCACACAGUUGGGAUGCUACCAGAAGCAUAUCUUUGAAUGGAAUCAAAGCCAAGGAGAACAUUUCAUAAAGUCCUAAGAAGUUGAUGUGUAAUGUCAAAUACUAACAAUAUCAUGCUUUGUAAUAUUGUGCUGUUGGUUUAUUAUAUCAUGCAGAUCGGAUAGAACUUGAGAAUGCAUCUUGCUAUCAACUGGAGCAAGGGGAUGAUCAGUGUACAUAAUGCAUGAUGAAGGAGGCAUGCAGUCAUUAAUGUGGAUUCACAAUGUGGCAUUUGGCUUCAAAGAUAUUCAAUAGAUGAAAUGGACUAGUUAUAGAUGCUGGUGGAGGUGCCAGACAGAUGUCCCAAAGGUAGUGGAAGAAAGCCAGUUGUGUGUAGGGUGCAACUAACAUAUAUUUGCAACACAAUUUGUUCAUGGAUGUUGAACAUACUUCGGAGACAGCAAUGCAGUUGAGUGAUUGAAUGCUAGGAGAAAUUUGCAGAAAUCAGUGAAUAUAAAACAAGAUGCUAUGUCUCUUGAGCCCUUUCAUAUUACACAGUUAUAGCACUAUGAUUCAAUUUGAGCUGCUAUGGAAACUUCUUAUGGAAUCCUGGGAUUUGCAGUUGGGUGGUCCAGUUUGGCUCUCUGGAUGAGAAUUCUAAAUAACCAUUCCUAAACUGCAAAUCCUAGGAUUCCAUGGGCUGUUGUCAUGAUAGUUAAAGUGGGAUCAUAGUGAUAUAACUGUGUAAUGUGAAACGGUAUCUGAAGCAAAGGAUGGAUAGGUAAUCUUCAACAGUGUUUUGCAGAACCCAAAAAAUCUUUUUAAAAACUUCUUCCAAGAUGAACAAUUUAAUGGUUAGUCACAACUGGAACAGACCCACUGCAUCAAUGGAGACUCGGUAAAUUAAGAUUUAUUUAUAUAUAAUUGAUUGUAUAAGGCAGUAGCAGCUGAUAACUAACAGGUUUGGGCUUAAGUAGCAGCUGCAUGAAAUGCAAGAAAGGGACUUGAACACUGCAUGUUUCUGUUGAAAUUCCUUUAUUCCUGAGCUUGUAGGUCAAACAGUUCAAACCCUUUAGACUGAGUACAGUAUCUCUGGUUACCUAGGUUUGUCAAAUAUAAACCAGACUCUGUAAAGUCUGUGAUAACAAGGGAAAUCUAACUUAAGCAAAAUUACUUAUCUGUUUAUGCUGGGUAUCAAAAAAUUAUUCUUGGAAUAGCUUCUGCUCUAAGGUCUAUAUAUGUAGACCUGUAUAUUAUAUGAUCCUAGGUAAUAUUUUUCUUCCUUGCUUCACCUGGAUCAUUGACAAUUAGCUCAAGAGAAAACUUUGUCACUGACUAAUGUUGCAGUGGGGGAAACUAGGAGAGGAUGGCAGUUUCUUUUAUAAUGCCUGGUCCAAAAAAUCAUUGAAAUUUAAAAUUGAGCUCUGAACAUAUUUUAGUUUCAGUAAUCUUUUUUGUGCGAAUAAAUUGAGCUUUCUCUAUUUUCAAGUGUUCCCAGCAUGUUGUAAUUUAAAUAUCCCAAAAAGUGUUUGUCCUACUUGAAAACAGGGCUUCAAUUUGAACCAGAAAAAUAUGAAUAAAGAAACAAGUGAAAAUAUUGUACUAUCUAGCUAUUGGCCAACAGGACAACCCACCAAGAAGUUCUGUGCCAUAUUCCCAUUGAACAUAAUCCCUAUUAAUCUCUGUGGUGGUUGCGCAGAACUACAGGGUGGAGUGUCCUUAAAUAUAUUUGCACAUUUCAUCUCCUAACCAUGGAUACAGCAAUACAGCAAGUCUCCAAUCAUCAUCAUCAUGGUAAUGAAGUUGGUAGUGGAAGCAUAGAUUUGUUGAAUAAGGAUGUAGAAACAUAUGGAGUGCAUCCAGUAUAAGAGCUUCUUGUGUUGAAGGACCAAUGUUUAUGAAAGGAGAAAUGUUUUACAGAAGGAGUCUAUCCAUGAAUAGAAGCCCCUUUGGUUCAUGGAGUGGAUUGUGAGGGAUGCAACCUACUAUAAUUAAGAAAUCAAGAUCUGUGUCAAGAAAAGUUACAGCACAUAGUCAAAAAAGAAGGAAGAUCUUGCCUAAACUCACUACUGAUUAAGUGAAAUAUGAUGCAAUUGCUUUAAGGCUGCAUGAGGAAUCUCUAGUGCUCUAGAUCAACAAGUCUCCAACUACCAUAAUUCCUGAGCAUUGGCUAUAUUGAUUGGGCCUGAUGGUUGUCCAAACCCAACAACAUCAGCAGGGCUACACUUUCUCUGCUGCCACUUUAAAAGCAUAAUUUUAGUAACACUUGAGAGCAACUACAUUCCCCUUGUAACCUCAGAACUGAAGCUAUCUCUACAAAAAACUUAUUUAAUAGUUGUAUGCUACAUGGAUCUUGAAAAUAGUUUAUUUCACAUAGGCCUUUUAAAGCAAGAGCUAUUCCUUCCCCUAAUGGAUGGAAGCUACAAUCACUGUUUAUGUUUGCCUAUAUUUUUAUUUUCACAGUCUUCUUUAACAUGGGUGAAAUCUUCUCUUUUACUCAAAGACAUGUUUCCCUUGCAAUCUUUUCUUGUUUUUGAAACUAGAAGGACAAAUGGAGAAAUAGUUAUGAGUGAAGUUCUUGGUGGUCCCUUUCCCAAAUUCCUUUCUUCACAAUAGCACAUUAUCCCUUGUAUAAAUGGUUGCGUAUCAUCCAUGGUGCACAUCGAUUGGGCUUGUCCCAAUUUUGACUAACAUAUUUUGAAGUGAUGGAAUCAGGUGAAUCUGUCAUCCAGCUACCUCCCAUUGACCAAAAUAGGAUUUCCCAACUUUCCCCCAGAUGUCUUGGGCUACAAUUCCCAGCUUCCUGAGCCAAGUUGUAGGAGACUGGUUUAGUAAUUUGCUCUCUUCACACAAUCCCAUACUGGAGAUCUUAUGCCAUUUGUUUCUGUUUUCUAGAAGCCUCCUUUUCAGUAUCUGGUUACGGGCUACCUUCCUCCAAUUAAGAGUGCCCUUUUGCAUAUUAUCUACCUUUCCAGGGCCCCAAGGGGCUUAUGUCUAGUGUAGUGUUAUCCUAGAUUAUGCUAUCUUUUUCAUAGUAUGAGUACCAAUGUCUUUCCUUAGAUAUCAGCCUCCUGCACAACAGUCUCUUGGCUUCUGUAUGGACAUUUACAUUCAUUCCUCUUUGACUGAAAUCUGUUUAUCUUACAAAUUAUUGGACCCAGUGACCAAGUGUAAUUCCUAAAUGAAUAAAACACGCUGCAUACUGGAUAAUGUAGGCAAGAUUUUUCUGACCUUCCAACUUUUGUUUUGUUUUGUUAGAUUUUAAAAAAAUUGGGGAAUGCUGUUGUCUCAGCAAUGCACCUGUUUUUUGUACAUUGAUUGUGUAAUUUAAAACUAAAAGGUAUAUAUAUACACACGCAUAUAUAUAUUGUGACUGUAUUACUGUGUAUACAAAAAAAAAGAUGACUGAUCUAUGUAAAUGUUAUAUGGAUUUUGAUUCUUGUUUGAUUCUUGUACUCUUAACAUCUCCUGAUGUAGAUGUAGCUGUCAUGUUUACAAGAUGAAUUCUGUUGCUGGGAUUGAUCAGGCCACAGGCUGAACUAGAGAACAGUUUGGUGGCUGAUGCUGAGCUUCCUAUCUAAAUUCUCUUUCAUUCUGAUUCCCAUUUGAAGACCUAUUCAAACCUCACGUUAAAAAUAAACCUCUGUCUUGUUUUAGAGCAGGACUGUGUAACUUAGAAAUAUGAGAAAAUUCUCUUUCUCUUUGAUGGACUCACAAUGUUUUGGUGGCAGCUGGUGACUUCCAUGUCUGUGGGGUGGGGAAUUCAUGCCAGGUUCUAGUCCGAACUUUAAAUGAAUGAUCCAAGGUACUGAGCCUUAGCCCCAAAAUAGGUUCAGUGCCUUGGUUGGCCACCUUAAAACUUGGAUCAAAUUCACCACUCCACUGACACAGAGCACUAGCUGCCACUAUAAUGUUCAGAAUGAAUCCCAGUCAAUUUGGGUAGAGUAGCUCCAAUUAUUACACAAGACACUGACUUCCAUAUUUUUUUGCUUUGCCUAGCAAGUCCUGGAUUUGGACUACCCUGACUCCUUAUUAGGGGAUGGAGGUAAAGAGCCCAAGGGAUCCAAUUAUGUAAGAUCAAAUUAUGGGGAAAUUCCAGUCACCAGGUCCUGGAAACAGCCAUUUCCCCCCACCAUCUUCACAUGCAAUCUCAGUGUCUUUCCACUCCCAUUCUUGCAAAGCUACCAAGGUAGUAAAGAUUAAAACAUAAUAAAAUACCUCCUCCACCCCAAAUCUACCCACCUUCAUCCUGGACCUUGGACAGAAGUAGUUUUGCUCAUUGAGAGAACCUUAGGCUGAUAUUCUUAGGGGUGAUUCUCAAGCCCAUUUCUGGAAUGGCACUCACAACUGUUUCCAGACAUUUGGUUAUGCAGAGGCUGCCAUGCCAAGAACCAUGUUUCCAUUGAAUUUUAGCAUGCUGGUCAAAGAAUUACUCUUUGACUUUGCUAAGAGCCAGUGAAGAUUCUUUGCAAACUCUCUUCUUUGCAUGGCUACCUCUAUGUAAUAAAAUGAAUAGGCUGGCAGAGUGGCCACCAUGCUGGAACUGCUCAUGAGAAUCGGUGAUAAAGCCAUUGCAUUUUCUUUGUGGCUUAGUGGAAGCAGAAUGAAUGCCAGGAAUGAAAUAAAGGAAAUAAAACUAUGUCCCCCACCCACCCUUAUUUUUCUUAUUAAAGCCUUGUGGUAUUUAGGAAGUUUGGAUUAAGUUAAAGACUAAUGUUUCUGUCAGCAAAGCUACAUCCUUGCAGAUGGAGAAUAAUGUAUCUGUGUCAUGCCAGUCUGCCUCUUCUUCCAUAAAGAGCAAAAACUAUACUUAAGAAAUACAAUAAUAAAAGGAUUAUUUUAUUCAUG